AGUGAAUGCAAGGUCCGGGGAGACCAGUUAUAGUGCAUGCAGGUUUCCGGGCAGACCAAUUGUAGUGAAUGCAGGGUUGAGGGAGACAAGAUAUAUUGAAUGCAGUGUUCCAGGGAGAGCAGAUAUAGUGAAUGCAGGGUCCAGGGAGAGCAGAUAGAGUAAAUGCAGGGUCCGGGGGGACAGCAGGUUAGUGAUGCAGGGUCAGGGGAGAGCAGAUAUAGUGAAUGCAGGGUUGGGGAGAGCAGAUUAUAGUGAUUGCAGGGUCCAGGAAAAGAAGGAUAUAUUAGUGAAUGCAGGGUCCGGGGAGACCAGAUAUAGUGAAUGCAGGGGUCCGGGGAAACCGGAUAUAGUGAAUGCAGGGUCCGGAGAGAGCAGAUAUAGUGAAUGCAGGGUCCAG